UCUCAUCAGUCAUCAAUGGUACUUUUACACGUGAGGUUGUGGGUUGUUGAUUUAUAAUUUACUCGCAUGUAAAAUAAUUUUCGGUUUUUGUUGUGUUUACAUGAUAAUACAAAAACAAAUUAAAUAAAACGAGUGGAAAAUUAAAAUUGUAAAAAAGGAAAAAUAAUCAAAGUAUAGAUACCUCAACAACUACAAAAAUAUUGUGUAAAUGAAAAAUUCCCUAAAUUUAAAUAAAUUUUUGCCAGUAAAAAUAUAAACGAAUUACACCACACCAAAUUAAAUAAGCAAAAAGAAAAAAAAACAAUGCAAGUGUAAUACACAGCUGAUUGAUUAACUAGUGAAAAAUUAAUUGAAGGAUUAUUUAUUUAUUCUUCAAGUAGUCUUUAAAGUUAUUUUUACUUUAAAAAAAAGAAUAAAAGAAAAAACAUUUCAGCCAAUACGCAAUAAGUUAUAUUUACAAUAAAAUAAGGAGUGUUAUAAUUUAUUUGCUUUUUAUUACAAAUUCUCCAAGUCGAGUGUUAAAGUUUAUUUUUUUUCCUGUAAUGACAUUUUGUUGGUGGUAAUCAUGACAAUGAUUAUUAAGAUGAUGAUGAUGUUUUUUAUUUAAGACAACAACAUCGAUUUUUUGCACAAAAAAUUCUGAAUGUCAAAAAGGAGACGAAGGAGUAACGAAACGAAGAAACUUUUAAUCAAAGUCUGAUAAUCAACAACCAAACAAACAUACUAAGCAGUCCGCAAUUCAAAACCAGACAAAUAAUUAUACAUAUUUAAGAAAAAUAAAAAGUUGCAAAUCAUAUAAUUUGCUGUUUGUAUGUUACAAAUUUUGGAUGUUGACACACACCCACCCACACACAAACAUACUUAUGUCCAGUGUCCAUAGACGGGCGAAAAUGUCAGAAUUAGCACUCAGUUCAACGAGUAUUUAAAAGGGAUUUUCAGAACUCCGCGAACACCGCACAACAUUUUAUUAUUAAAAUUUUAGACUGAUUUAUCCUUUAAACAUAAAAGGAUAAUAAAUUUAAAUCAAAAUAAAAAUAAUACAUGAGCUAAAAUUAAACUACAUUUGCAAGGAAUAAAACAAAUACCACCGUCAGAAUUUAAUUUCUUAAUAAAUACAAAAUAAAACGUCGAAAAAUAUGUCCCGAUCCAAAGAGAAAGUUGUAUCAUCAUUGCGUAAAAUAUUCAAAAGUAAUACAACAAAAGAUGAAACGCCUGAAGAGAAAAAUCCAGAAGCAGAGGGAACGAUUAAAAAGCCUGCAGUAUUUCCCGAAUCGCCUGGAAAACGUAUCAGAAGACUCGACAAAAAAAUCAAACCCAUGUCUAUAAAUCCAGCUCCUGAUUUUAGCGUUAGAGCUCGUAGACUUAUGAAAGAAUAUAAGGAAAUACAAAAAAUACAAUGUUGCAAAAGUAAUCCUGUUUUUACGGUGGAACUUAUAAAUGACAACCUGUACGAGUGGUAUGUUCGUUUGCACACCGUUGAUCCCGAUUCAAAAUUAGCCAAAGAUAUGAUGGAAUUAAAUGUGCCCUUUAUACUGUUGCAUUUGGCAUUUCCCGAUAAUUUUCCCUUCGCGCCACCAUUUAUGCGUGUCGUUGAGCCGCACAUAGAAAAGGGUUAUGUCAUGGAUGGUGGUGCCAUUUGUAUGGAAUUAUUAACACCGCGUGGUUGGGCGAGUGCGUAUACAGUCGAAGCAGUCUUAAUGCAAUUUGCAGCUAGUUUAGUUAAAGGUCAAGGACGCAUAAUGAGAAAAACUAAAAAUACCAAGGAAUUUAGUAGACGUAGAGCUGAGGAAGCUUUUCGUUCGUUGGUUAAAACACAUGAAAAGUAUGGUUGGGUUACACCGGCUCUAUCAGAUGGUUAAAAUGCAACAAAUUAUUGUAUAGUACUUACAUACAGAUGACGUGACCAUUGUAUAGAGUAUAGAAUAAUAAAAAAGAAAAUG